AUGACUUUGGAUUUCUCGGUGAAAGGAAAACUCAAAAUCCGCAUGGACGACUAUGUCAAGAACAUGUUGGAAGAUUUUCCUGUCAAGUUCAACAAGCAUUCAAAGCAGGAAACACCAGCUGGUAACGACUUACUGGAAGCUGGUAAAGGAAAGUUACCCAAUGCUGAGUACCGUCAAAUCUUUCACACUACUGUUGCAAGGGGACUUUAUGUCUCUAAGAGAGCUCGUUUGGAUAUCCAUCCAACGAUUACUAUUCUUGCCUCGAGAGUUCGAGAACCUACAGAGUCUGAUUGGAAGAAGUGUGUUCGCAUGAUGCGAUAUUUGUUGUGUACAUCGUUGUAUCAUCUGACACUUUCCGCAGAAUCACUACGAGUCAUGAAAUGGAUGAUCGACGCAUCAUUUGCGGUGCAUCCAGAUUUCAAGAGCCAUACUGGCGGCUCUCUGUCCUUUGGAGGAGGUGCAGCUCAAGUGAUGUCGAAGAAGCAAAAGCUUAACAGCAGAAGCAGUACGGAAGCGGAACUGAUUGCUGUUGACGAUGUUGUCACGAUGAUACUAUGGAUGAAGUUGUUCAUGGAGUGGCAAGGGUAUCUGAUCGAGAAAAAUAUCUUGUAUCAGGAUAAUAAAAGCGCGAUUCUACUGGAAGAGAAUGGUGGCAAGAGCGCGGGCAAAAGAAGCCGAGCUAUCAAUAUUCGUUUUUUCUUUAUCACAGAUCAAGUUGAGAAAGGAAAUGUUAAGAUUGAAUACUGUCCAACUAACGAUAUGAUUGCGGAUUUCAUGACUAAGCCAUUGCAAGGUGAGAAGUUUCGCAAGUUCAGGGAUCUGAUUCUUGGUCCACAAGAAUAG